AGAAAACGCACUCGUUAAAGCAGCUUCCCGAAAAUGGAGCAGCCACUCUCCAGAAAAAACUCGGUCAAGGCCAUGAUUUACCGCAGCUUACGGAUACCGAAAAAACCGAAGCCGCCAAAACCAGUGAUACCAAAGGAGCCUACGAUAGAGGAGGAGCCUACGGUGUUUCUGAUCAGAAGGGCAUCAUUUAAUAAUCUGCAAGUAAUAAAGCCCAAACAAGAAAAACGAGCACCACCCAUGUUCCCCACCAGAUGUGUUUCUACGACACCAUGUGAACUCAUCAACUGUUUUGCCGGGAGCGAUAACAAAGCAUUUGACCAAGACUGUAGUUUGACAAGCUUCGAGAGGAGAAGAAGGUCUCAAAAACAGUUUGUGGACAAACAUCACGCUCACCAGCAGUUCUUCUGCCCCGAGCAAGCAAGUCAAAUCGAGAUUCAUUUCACAAGUUCUUGUUCUACUGACGUUAUAUUACAGGUACAGGCGCCAAAUGGUGAAACCAGCAGCUAUCUCCGACCAGUACGGGAUCAAACUGUUUUCUUCAAUCCUACUAAGGUUGGUUGCGGUCAUGGAAUAUGGAAAAUAGACAUCGCUGUCAGAAGCGGAUGUCGAUUUCGAUAUGUGAGAACAGAAGAAGUUAAGCUAAAGGGUCAAGGUGUUGUCGUCUACAACGUUGAACCAAAUGCAACAAUUCGUCUGAAGGAGAAACUCUGGUUGAACUGGUUGAACUAAAAAUAUCAUUUUAUGUCUAGAUAAUCUUAACAUUUAUGCUUGGUCCACACAUUCAUACCGGUAACCGCAUCACAACAGUCCUCACUUCGCUAAUGUUACAACAAUGUUUGUUUUUUCUUAGGAAAAUGUUGCCAAAAUGUGCCCACCGUUUGGCACCAUCUAAAAAGAUUCCUGUACCGCAGAUUUCGAGCAGCAACUUUUUUUGUAGAUUCGAAGCUAGAGCAGAUAUUUUGAGCAUGUGCAACUUUGGUUAAUAGCACCAAAUCUGCUAAGAACCAUCACAAGAUCAAGCGUCCAAUAAUGAGUUUUCGUUGUACGAAUACUUACAAUCAAUCUCAGAAUUUUCACAGAAAUUGGGAUAUAAUUUCUUCUAUUGUGGAC